UGAUUAUCGGUGGUCCGCCGGCCUAUGAAACAUAAACCCAAACCAACGGACAAAUCAACUUUCUUAUCCUCUAAAUACAGACAACUUGAUAUAAAAACCAAACAAAACUUAAAAACCUUUUUGUGAAGAGGAAAACAAAUGACUUGAAAAAUCCAGAUACCCCCCCCCCCCCUUCUCUCUCUUCCCUCUCUAUCCCUACAGUACAAACGUCGUAUCUAAGUCUGAACCUUCCCCAGAGAUUAACAUCCAAUACCAAGAAAAAGUCAAACAACUCUCGAAUACCCAAAACAUAUUUUAAGUAAACAAAAAUAAAAACUCCAACAAUAGAAAAACACAAAUCAAAAAACUAUUCAAAUUUUCUUGCUUUAUAUCCAUUCAUUUUCAGCUCGCUCUGUCUCUCUCUCUCGCUCGCUUUCCCUGUUUCUUCAUGGAUUCUGAGUUUUGGACCUCUCGCCUGGCUGCCGCUAAGAGGCAAUUCUCGUUGAACCACCAUCACCAUCACCAUCACCACCACCACCACCACAGCCAUCACAACUCUCAACUGGAUCGGUUGAACAUCGAUGAUUUUGAGGUUGAAGAAGAGGUCCGACCUGAUUUUCCAUGCCCAUAUUGUUACGAGGAAUUUGAUAUUGCCUCUCUGUGCUCACAUCUAGAAGAUGAGCACUCUUGCGAGUCAAAAGCCACCGUUUGUCCCAUUUGCUCUGUUAAAGUUGCAAGUGACAUGUUAAGUCAUAUCACGAUUCAACAUGGACACCUAUUCAAGAUAUCCUUUGAAAUGGAAGAAUCAUUAAGACGUCGCAGAUUACGUAGAGUUGCAAUUCCCAACAGUCAGGCACUUUCCCUUUUGGGCAGGGAUCUUCGCGAGGCCCAUCUGCAGGUGCUUCUAGGGGGUAGUGGCUACCGGUCAAAUAGUGCUACUUCAUCUAAUGCAGUGUCUGAUCCAUUCCUUUCAUCACUUGCUCUGAACUUCCCUGCAUCUGAAGCAGAAGACAUUUCAAAAUCUGUGGUAUCCAGUAUUGAGGACACUUCUAUGAAGAGUACACCGUCACAACAUAUAUGGAAAUCAAGUUUUGAUCAAUCAUUGAGUCAUGAAGAACGGGAAAAGAGAAUUAGGCAGGCUGCUGGAAGGUCUGUUUUUAUCCAAGACCUGCUUCUCUCGACUGUGUUGGCCGACUAGUGGAAGCAGUAAGUUAUUGCAAUUUUCAAAAUAAUGCUAGAAUGAUAUUCAGUAAUUCUGAUCAUGGGCAGUUUUGGGUGGGCUUCUAAAGAUUUACAUUGUUGAACAACCCAAUUCAUGCCCCGAUGUUUUCUACGGAAGCAGCAUUUGUGAGUGCUUAUUAGUUGAUCAUCUUUAGAGGUUCUCAACAGUGGUGCUGCUAUGGAAAGAAGUGGAUCAUCUAAUGUUAUGAAAAUUUUACUUUAAAUUAGUUGUUGCGUUGCUAGCUAAACCCUUUGAAAGCGUACUUUCGGCUAGAAAUGGAUGGGUCUUAUGUUAUGGUUUGUUUCAGAGGCUGUUAAAAAUUAAUAGUCCUACUUUCUAUCGAAUGAUAACGUUGAAUUAUGUCCAUGGUACGGAAUUAGAUAUGCGUUUUGUUAGUGCAGUGACAUUUCAGACUAAACUCUGAUCAAAUCUUGCUAGUCUGUACCAUAUGUGAGUGUAGUUAAAGGGGUUUGCUUAUUGCUCUCUCAUUUCCUAAUUUUCUGUUGGUAUUUUCAUUUUUUUUUUUUUUU